AUGGCAUCCAUUUGGAGACCAAGCAGGGGUAUGAUGGCGAGGGAAGUGUCCCAUAACCUCUUCAUCUUCUAUUUUUUCCACGAGGUUGACCUCCUCCGGGUGAUUGAGGACGGUCCUUGGUCCUUUGAACAAAGCUUGCUGCUGCUUCAACGGGUCGAGCAGAAUGAAUCACCCUUCGACAUCUGUCUUAACUAUGAUGAGUUCUGGGUACAGGCUCACAACUUUCCUAUGAGCCUCCAGAACAGGAAGAUGGCGGAGGCUAUUGGAAAUUUCGUCGGGGAGUUUAUCAAACUGGACACUAUCAACAUGAAUGGCCUCUGGAAACCUUUCAUGAGGGUGAGAGCAAGACUGGACGCCACCAAGCCUCUGAAACGGAAAAUGAAAGUCAAACCUCCUAAAGGCGACGUGUUCUACAUUGAAUUCAAAUAUGAGCGCCUCACCAGGUUCUAUUUCCUCUGUGGAAUCAUUGGACACAAUGAGAAGUAUUGCCAGAAGCAAUUUGAAGGUGUUACCAAGGAAACCGUUCGACCUUAUGGACCGGAACUGAGGGCCACCGGUCGACGUGUUCAACAGAGUACCGGACACAGAUGGCUGUUGUCUGAGCCUCCGAAGCGGAUGACCAAUGAGGCAAAUACUGGAAUUCCUUUUGCUGAACACAGUUGCGCUUCUGAGCAUGGGGGAAUAUCGGGAAACAAAGGUGUUGCUGAGCAUUAUCCAGGGGUCACAAGGUCCCAAGCUGAGACGGAUGGCAUGUCAGGAGCAUUAAUGGAGGAGCAUGCGUCUGCAGGUAAUUUAAUGCUCUCUACCGUCUCUUUGAACACAAACUCUGAACAGGCCAGCUUUGGGCCUACCUUGCAAGACAUGAGGAAAAGGAAAAUGGUCCGUUCUUGUGAGGAAGCCCAGAAUGAUCAUUUGAUGGUGGAUUACUCUUUGGUUUCCAUUGAGCAAAAAAACUCGUUAGAGGCGGGUCCUGUGUACCAGGCCCGCCUAGAUCAAUGA